UUUUGCUGGUAGCCAUUAUUGCAACGUCACGGCUAAAAAUCGCACCGAAAAAAUGUUUCCCUGCUAGUGUGUAGUGUGAACAGGAAAAAUCCGUAUUUGGUACGCAAAUCAUGUAAAUCUGUGCCCUCCAGCGGAAGCAACAGCUUGCGAAUCGGGACGAGCAGAACGAUAACCUAGCAAUGGCCAGCGCAAGCGAAAGUUCGGACGAAUUUUUCGACGCAGAAGAUGACGGCCAUGUUCCAAGGGUUUCCUCCAGCAGCGGUGGGGCAAGUGGAAAGAAACGCUCUCAGCUUACCGACAACGAGUUCCAGCAUCCUGGAGCUGCAGCUGGCCAGGAUGUUGGAGCUGCUCCCACUGGCAUCCCCCAGCAAACUCAACCGCCCCAACUGUCCAGCCAGCAGUCCGCGUCUUCGCUGGUGACCCAACCAAUGGAUGAUUAUAAAUUCACCGAACCGAGGGCGUCGUACGGUAGACAGCGAUUUCGCGAUUUGCGUCAAUGCAUGCAAAAUGACGAAGACGAGAAUCUUGGCAAUACACUAACACCUGAUUCACAGAACAGUUCCGUGGAAGGUGUAUAUUCAUCAACGACGCGCACAAAACAUCCGUUCCGAGUGAUCGAGGGCGAUGCUCUCAGUUUACAAAGUAUGACCUCGCUAGGUCGCGUUGGUCGCAUUUUGGCUGGAAGUGCUAGCGUGGAUGUUAGUGCUUUCAGUCUCGGGAAGGAUUCUCUGUACUUGGGUGCUACAUCGACCUCUUCGGCUCCGCAAUCUCUUAUUGCGGUUCCGUCGUCGUCUUCGAGAGAUUCCCAAAUGAGUGGCAGUUCGAUUACGCAAUCGACUAGUGCUGGUGCUGGAGAAGUUGGCAAUACGAUAGGAUCCGGUGCUAGCAAGUUUGACUCUAGUAGCGAAGAAGUGAGACAGGUGCCGACGGACUCCAAUGCCAAUGUCGCACUUCAAGAACCUGAUGUCAUUGCGAGCACAAAACUUGCGCACUCAAAAACGACGGAUAGCAUAACGUGUUCUGGCCCAAUAGCUCCUCCACGGCGAAAAAAGAAAACUCGUAAAUUAUCGAGCAGCUCCUCGGAACAGUUCAACAUGAACGAAGGAUUAAAACUGCCACCGGCAGAUAGUUCGUCCAAUGAGUUGACGGUGAAGUUACCUUCAUCUUCAGGGCAAGCGAUUGAUUCUAGUACAGCUUCUGGCAGCACAGGCAGCUCCGUCGGAGCCAACCAAGUGCUAGCUAGUCCGGCAACGUUGGAAUCGAUAGCGAGGGAAAUAGAGAGUUCUUUCAAAGACGCAACGGCAGCCAAUACUGGUAGCCCGGCAAAGAGCAGCAUAUCAACGGGAGAAGUUGCCAGUGAACCACAGCGCAAACUUUUAACAGGAUCAAUGGGUCGGAUAUCAAACUCAUUGGACAACUCUUCAACGUCCGUUAACUCAAAGCCAAGCCCUUCGAACAGCGUCAAAAGCAACUCUGCACCUGCUCGCGUAAGCUCGAUCGAUCCUUCGCAAAGCUUGAAUAUUUACAAGGCGACAAAAGGCCAGUAUGUAGUUAAACCUACUGACGGAGCUUUUAACAAAGCGGAAGGCCCAUCGAGGGAAGAAAUCGAACGAGUCGAGCGGAUUCGACAAGAAAUUAUGGGUAACACAGCAUCGACAAGGGCCAGUCUGGCCGGGACAGGAACAAAUAGCUUAGGGAGCGGAACACGAUAUAGUUCAUCCCUAGCGAAACAUAUUCAUCAAAAAGAAAGAAGAAAAUCCGCCGGUGAUGAAGACAUGUUUAAACAGUUGAACAUGUACGUUAAAACUAGAACCGAUUCUGGGAAACAACUAACCGAUAUGGAGAUUCUAGAACAAAUACCGGUGAAAAAUUUGGACACCGGAGAAAAUUUCCCCUUAUCUGCGGUGGAGGAAAAACUACCGCAGUGUAUAAAUCCACUAUCGUUGCAUAUUAUGCGUCUCACUAGCCAUAUUCCGGAGUCAGAUGAGGAAUCCGUUGGUCCUGCCCCAGGAUCCGAAGCACCGCCAGGAUAUGAAGAAGAUAUGGAAAUUGAGGAAGAAGGAGGACGGCUUAAGAAGAAAACUGCUAAAAUCAAACGAUUUUUCCGAUCGACGGCUAAGAAAACGGUUGAUAAAGCAAAAUCGAUCGCAUCGGAAGUCUCUCAUGCCAGGCACAAGGAAGACGUUGCUGACAUUGAAGAUGUGGUCAACCCGGAGCAGAACAUUAAAAUCAAAGCCUCAAGUACCAACAAAGGACCGUACGAAUUUGCAAAGCUCCAACACGUUCAAGAUUUAUCUGGGGAGCAUACUGGAGCUGUUUGGUGCAUGAAAUUCAGUUCCUGUGGUCGUUUGCUGGCUACUGCAGGUCAGGAUCGAGUUCUCAGGAUAUGGGUACUAAAAGACGCUUAUCCAUUCUUCCAAGAUAUGCGCACAAAAUAUACCGCGGCAGAUCAAAAGUCUUCGCCAACUCCUUCGCAGGAAUCACUAGUCUCACACCAUUCGGCAGAAGAGGCCAUCGCCCUGGCAAUGGCCGCCGAAAAUUCGCCGGGCCCUUUUAUGCCCAAAUCUUUCUGUACAUACUCUGCGCACACAUCUGAUCUGCUGGAUGUGUCGUGGUCCAAAAACUACUUCAUCCUAUCCAGUUCGAUGGACAAAACCGUUCGUUUGUGGCAUAUAUCUCGUAAGGAGUGCUUGUGCUGUUUCCAGCACAUCGAUUUCGUGACGGCGAUUGCUUUUCACCCCCGGGAUGAUCGUUACUUCCUCAGUGGCAGUUUGGAUGGAAAGCUAAGGCUUUGGAACAUUCCGGACAAAAAAGUGGCCUUGUGGAACGAGGUUGAUGGGCAAACGAAGCUGAUAACGGCUGCCAAUUUCUGUCAGAACGGAAAAUUUGCUGUCGUGGGAUCGUACGACGGAAGGUGUUUGUUCUAUAAUACAGAUCAACUGAAGUACCAUACCCAGAUUCACGUGCGCUCUACCAGAGGAAAGAAUGCUAUCGGGCGAAAGAUUAGCGGGAUCGAACCCAUGCCAGGUGAGGACAAAAUUCUCGUCACUUCGAACGACAGCCGGAUACGGUUGUACGAUUUGCGCGACCUGAAUCUGAGCUGCAAAUACAAGGGCUAUCUUAAUGCAUCCUCCCAGAUCAAGGCAUCGUUCUCGCACGAUGGCAAAUAUAUCAUUUCUGGUUCGGAAAACCAGAUGAUCUACAUCUGGAAGACGCACCAUGACUACGCCAAGUUGAGUUCGGUUCGGCGUGAUCGUAGUGACUUUUGGGAAGGUAUCAAGGCACACAAUGCCACGGUUACUUGUGCCAUUUUCGCUCCUCACCCGGAGGCCAUCAUAAAACCGGAACCGGACGAUGAAAUAAAUGCCGACAACAUUUCAAUAACUCAACCAGCCGAUCCGCUGGUGGAACAGCGGAAAAAAGGCUGCGGUGGAUACGUUCUGGUGAGUGCUGAUUUCAACGGUUGUAUCAAGGUGUUCAUCAACAAAACCAAACCCAAGCACAGUAGUUUACCGUACACAGCCAUCCUCGACUAAUGGAACUAAUAUUGGUCGACGAGAUGUGAAAGGGCCAUGUUGCAAUUUAUGGAAAUGUUCUCUCAUCCCCGGCUCUUUGCAUAUACCUAGAGAUAAAUGCGUCGUGCUCGAUCGGGUUCAACUCACAUGUGUAACGUCGUUUUGGCCGGUCCGAAUUGUAUAACAAGGAUGGCUCGGCUUUAGGGUAGGAUUCUUUUUUAUUUUGUUGUGGUAUGUAUCGAUGCAACAUGAACUAAACACCAAAUAUUGUUAUAAGAGUUAAUAAUUGAACGUCAUUGAAGAACGUAGAAGUAAAACGCGUUGUGUGAGGUGCAGCUGAAGUGAAAUUUGUUGCAUUUUAUGAUGAGAUACAUUGCGCCUUUUCAUUUUACAUUUGAAUGUGCUUUCGGCAAAAUUUAAUGAAAGAAAUAUUACAAAAUUAUCCCGGUAGCUAUCAGAAUAAUUAAUCCAACCGCUUGUGAAGGAACAAAUACCAGAAUCUAACGGCUCUUCCUAAAAAUAUUGUCGCACAUAAUCUAAUUUCUAGAAUAGCUUUUUACGCCCUAGAAUAACUGAAACAUGAAAUUUUGCUUCAAACAAGAACAUCACAUGAGUGAACGAUAUGGCUUCAUUUAAAUGUAAACCGUUCUAAAACAUAAAAGAUUUGGUUUUAUAGUGUUUCUUUGAAAGAAAUCUAAAUAUGAAAUCUUUAUUUUUAAUCAAAUUAAAUGUUCGAAACGUUUUUAUUGUCAAAAAAGAUGUUUUCAAGGAUUGAUAACCGAAGGUUGGCGCACGUUAAGGUUUUGGUUGCUUGUGAUACUCCCUUUAUUUAAACUAUUAUUAGUUCGUCAAAAUUUCAUGUUUCGGUAACCCCACAAUAUGUUGUAAUCUUUUCGCUUCUCUUCACGUGCUUCAAUAAUUCAAGUGAAUAGACAAUGUUUGUUGUAAUUUCCCACUAGUUUUUUGUCUUCAAAUUGACAUUGACAAAGGACGUAAAUCAAAAUAGUGUUGCUCUCAGGCGGCGAAGAAUUGCCAUGGAUUGAUAAGGAUUCAUCAAGAUGUAAGAUUUGAAAAAUAUUACUUUAUUGUUAAAAAGUGGUGUAGAUUAUCGAAGAAUAUCUUAUUUAUUAACUGUGUUUAUAAAUAAAGCUAAAUAUUUGAGAAGAUAA